AUGAACACUGCAGACACUGAGGACAGCUACAAGUACCUUAGAAUCCUACAGGCAGAUAAGAACCACAAAGAGGCCGCUAGGAAAACCACCAAAUGCCAGCAGAGGGUAAGGUUUGUGAAGAGGAAGAGAUUGCUGCACAGCAGGCAUCACUCUCUGUGGAUACUGUUCAUUUUGCUGGGAGUCUGUAUUGCCAUUCAGACCUUUGUCACCCAUCAGGCCAGGCUUGCAAGCUCUCAACAGGAGGGGAGAAAAGUUACACUGGGCAAGCUGCUUCUACCAAAAGACAGAAACAAACCAAACGUUGACCUUCCAUCUUCUCUGGUUUCCCAUAGUACCCGGAAAGACUUAAAUCUAGGCACAGAAAAAACACUCACCCUCUCUUUCACUCCUUCCAGUUUUUUGAAGACUCAGAACAAUACUCACACUCAAGCAACCUGCCAUCCAAAGUCUCACAUCGUUUUCCUCAAGACACACAAGACAGCAAGCAGCACUAUCUUAAACCUCCUGUAUCGCUAUGGCGAAAGCAGAAACUUGACCUUCGCUCUCCCUCUAAACAAACAGAGCCAGUUAUUUUAUCCAUUUUUCUUUGUUCCACAUUUUGUCGAAGGAGUUAGCAGCAGAAGUGUGAAAGCGUUCCACAUCAUGUGCAACCACAUGAGAUUUAAAAAAUCUGAGGUGGCAAAAGUGAUGCCUCAGGAUACCUUUUACUUUUCCAUCUUGAGACAUCCUGUGGCUAUGAUGGAAUCCAUCUUUAGUUAUUAUAAGAGCAUCCCAGCCUUUCGUAAGACAUUUAGCCUGGAGGACUUCUUAGACAACAGCUGGAGAAACUAUAAUGCAUCGGUAGCCAACAACCACUACGCUCACAAUAUUCUGGCUUUUGACUUUGGCUUUAAGAAUAAUAUUGCAGUUGGUGCUGGAGACUUUGAGGAGAGAACCACUGUGGCUAUUAAAACCAUAGAACAGGACUUUAAUCUUAUACUAAUUUCUGAAUACUUUGAUGAGUCCAUGGUCUUGCUCAAGUACUCCCUCUGCUGGUCCUUGGAAGAUAUGGUUUCCUUUCGGCUCAAUAGUCGCAGUGAACAAACUCGGCAUUCACUUUCACUGAACACUGCAGAAAAAAUCAAGAAGUGGAAUGCUUUAGACUGGAGGAUUUACCUACACUUCAACACAACCUUCUGGCACAAAGUGGAUAGUCUUGUUGGACGACAGAAGAUGGAGAGGGAAGUAGCUCAGCUGAGAAAGCUACAAGUCAAGCUUGCAAACACUUGCCUGAAAGAUAGAUGUGCGGUUGACCCAUCACUGGUAAAGGAUGCUAGGCUGAAGCCUUUUCAGUAUGGAACAGCUGUCAUUCAGGGCUAUAACCUAAACCCAAACUUAGAUAUACAAACCAAAACAAAAUGUCAGAGAUUUAUCUUACCAGAACUGCAGUACACACAUCGUCUGUACACCAAGCAGUUCCCAAAGGAAGCUGCUAAGCAUAAACAGGCAACUAAGACUGUUAAAUAA